AUGGCUGAUGUAGCCAAAGGCGCGAGCGGUCCCGAGACGAACCCUCGCGGUAUUCCCGUUGCGCCCUUUAUAGAUCGGGUUGAGGACUAUGUCACAGACCGCGCAGAUGUCGAGAAGACCAUCAACAACUUCAAGGAGAUGAUCUCGAAGUACCAGUUCAUGCAGCAAAACACUCAACGGCGAGCUGCAGGCCUCAAGGACAAGAUCCCCGAUAUUCAAAAGACGUUAGAGACUGUGCGGUUCCUCAAGUCACGGAAAGACGAUGCGGAGCCCCUCGAAACUACCUUCGAACUGAACGAUACACUCUACGCCAAAGCUGAAGUGCCUCCCACCGACGAAGUCUACCUCUGGCUCGGCGCCAAUGUUAUGCUCGCAUACCCCAUACCCGAAGCCGAAGAACUGCUGCAAUCGAAGCUGUCGACCGCGAAACAAAGUUUGAGUACAUGCGAAGAGGAUUUGGACUUCCUACGCGAGCAGAUUACGACACUCGAAGUCGCAUUCGCACGGGUUUACAACUGGGACGUUGCACAGCGGAGAAAGGAAAGGGAAGGAGAGGAAAAGAAGUGA